CCGAAUGAAUUUUCUGGUUCGGUUGCCCCUGGUCUUCAGCUGAAAAUGAACUUUUCCGUCGCGAAACUCGUCAAGCUUCUACAAAUGUCGCCUUCCACAAAACCCACUUUUUCUCUUGCGAUGGGUGUAAAAGGAACCUCCAGACAUUUAUUCUCAACCAACACAUUUCAUGGCAACUCUAACAAUGCUGGCGACAUUGGCAGUGUAGAAACUGAUGACAGUGAUUUUCUACACAAGAAGCGCGAGAUAAAGCUCCAUGGAGUUGAUCCCAGAAAAGGAUGGAGUUCUCGGGGUGUCCACAAGGCCAUUAUAUGUGGCAAAGUUGGUCAAGCUCCCGUGCAGAAGAUACUUAGAAAUGGACGAACUGUAACUAUCUUUACAGUUGGAACAGGUGGCCUGUUUGAUCAAAGAAUAAUAGCAGACCAGAACUUGCCGAGACCAGCUCAGUGGCAUCGGAUUGCUGUACAUAAUGAAAUGCUUGGGACUUAUGCAGUUCAACAACUUACCAAAAACUCUUCUGUUUAUGUUGAGGGUGACAUUGAAACUAGGGUUUACAAUGAUAGCAUCAAUGCUGAAGUGAAAAGCAUACCAGAAAUUUGUGUGCGCCGAGAUGGAAGAGUUCGCCUUAUAAAAUCAGGAGAAAGUGUGAGCGACAUAUCUUUUGAUGAACUACGUGCAGGAUUGCUCUAGAGGAGUCCGAUUGAGGAAUCUAAAUUUUUUUAAAGAGUGAGCUUUCCAAUGAUGAUACAUGGGGAUUAUUUCAUGUGAUUUAAUUGAUGUAAUGCUUUGUUUGCUUCUCUUCUCCCGCAUUUUGUUUUAUGAAGUAAUGUCAAAAUGGUGACGAAGUGGGAAUGUAGCCUUUAGGUUUGGUCGGUGAAAUCAUGAUUGAAUAACAAAACUACUUUAACUCAUGUUACAAUUUGAUGUCUUUCUCGAGAUUCAUGUGCUUAACUUUAGGGUUUCCAG